GGCGUCCGCGCGUCCCCGCCGCGCUCCGGCGUCUCUUCAGCGCGCCCGGCUCCCGGCUGUCCCCGCCCGGCGUGCGAGCCGGUGUAUGGGCCGCUCACCAUGUCGCUGAAGCCGCAGCCGCCCGCGCCCGCCAGUGGCCGCAAGCCCGGCAGUGGCCUGCUCUCGUCGCCCGGCGCCGCGCCGGCCUUGGCCGCGUCGUCUUCGGCUUCCGCGGUGCCGGCCCCGGCUGCGCCGGUGGCGUCUUCCUCGGCGGCCGCGGGCGUCGGCCGCCCCGGUCUGGGCAGAGGUCGGAACAGUAGCAAAGGACUGCCUCAGCCUACGAUUUCUUUUGAUGGAAUUUAUGCAAACGUGAGGAUGGUUCAUAUACUUACAUCAGUGGUUGGAUCGAAAUGUGAAGUACAAGUGAAAAAUGGAGGUGUAUAUGAAGGAGUUUUUAAAACAUACAGUCCUAAGUGUGAUUUGGUACUUGAUGCUGCACAUGAGAAAAGUACAGAAUCCAGUUCGGGGCCAAAACGUGAAGAAAUAAUGGAGAGUAUAUUGUUCAAAUGCUCAGACUUCGUUGUAGUACAAUUUAAAGAUACAGACUCCAAUUAUGCACGAAGAGAUGCUUUUACCGACUCUGCUGUCAGUGCCAAAGUGAAUGGCGAGCACAAGGAGAGGGACCUGGAGCCCUGGGAUGCAGGGGAGCUCACGGCUAGUGAGGAGCUGGAAGCUCUGGAGAAUGAUGUGUCUAAUGGAUGGGAUCCCAAUGAUAUGUUUCGAUAUAAUGAAGAGAAUUACGGUGUAGUGUCCACAUACGAUAGCAGUUUAUCUUCAUAUACGGUUCCCUUAGAAAGGGAUAACUCAGAAGAGUUUCUAAAACGGGAGGCAAGGGCAAACCAGUUAGCAGAGGAAAUCGAAUCCAGUGCUCAGUACAAAGCUCGUGUGGCCCUUGAGAAUGAUGACAGAAGCGAGGAAGAAAAAUACACAGCGGUCCAGAGAAACUGCAGUGAGCGCGAGGGGCAUGGCACAAGCACUAGGGAAAAUAAAUAUAUUCCUCCCGGACAAAGAAACAGAGAAGUCAUAUCCUGGGGAAGCGGGAGACAGAGCUCACCACGGAUGGGCCAACCUGGACCAGGCUCCAUGCCAUCAAGAGCUGCUUCUCAUACUUCAGAUUUCAACCCGAACUCUGGUUCAGACCAAAGAGUAGUUAAUGGAGGUGUUCCCUGGCCAUCGCCUUGCCCAUCUCCUUCCUCUCGCCCACCUUCUCGCUACCAGUCAGGUCCCAACUCUCUUCCACCUCGGGCAGCCACCCCUACAAGGCCGCCCUCCAGGCCCCCCUCGAGGCCAUCCAGACCCCCGUCUCACCCCUCUGCUCAUGGUUCUCCAGCUCCUGUCUCUACUGUGCCUAAACGCAUGUCUUCAGAAGGCCCUCCAAGGAUGUCUCCAAAGGCACAGCGGCACCCUCGGAAUCACAGAGUCUCUGCUGGGAGAGGCUCCAUGUCUAGCGGCCUAGAGUUUGUAUCCCACAAUCCCCCAAGUGAAGCAACUGCUCCAGUGGCAAGGACCAGUCCUGCAGGGGGAACAUGGUCGUCAGUUGUCAGUGGGGUUCCAAGGUUAUCUCCAAAAACUCACAGACCCAGGUCUCCCAGGCAGAACAGUAUUGGAAACACUCCCAGUGGGCCUGUGCUUGCUUCUCCCCAAGCUGGUAUCAUCCCUACUGAAGCAGUUUCCAUGCCUGUUCCAGCUGCAUCUCCUACUCCUGCCAGCCCUGCAUCCAACAGAGCUCUGACCCCAUCUAUUGAGGCUAAAGAGUCCAGGCUUCAGGAUCAGAGGCAGAACUCUCCUGCAGGGAAUAAGGAAACUAUUAAAGCAAAUGAAACAUCACCUAGCUUUUCAAAAGUUGAAAACAAAGGUAUGUCACCGGUUGUUUCUGAACAUAGAAAACAGAUUGAUGAUUUAAAGAAGUUUAAGAAUGAUUUUAGGUUACAGCCAAGUUCUACAUCUGAAUCUAUGGAUCAACUUCUAAGCAAAAAUAGAGAGGGAGAAAAGUCACGAGAUUUGAUCAAAGACAAAAUUGAAGCAAGUGCUAAGGAUGCUUUCAUUGACAACAGCAGCAGCAACUGUACCAGUGGCAGCAGCAAGACCAACAGCCCUAGCAUCUCCCCUUCUGUACUUAGUAACACAGAGCAUAAGAGGGGGCCUGAGGUCACAUCCCAAGGGGUGCAGACUUCUAGUCCAGCCUGCAAACAAGAGAAAGAUGACCGAGAAGAGAAAAAAGACGCAACUGAGCAAGUUAGGAAAUCAACAUUGAAUCCCAAUGCAAAAGAAUUCAACCCGCGUUCUUUUUCUCAGCCAAAACCUUCUACUACCCCAACGUCGCCUCGGCCACAAGCACAGCCGAGCCCAUCAAUGGUGGGUCAUCAGCAGCCAGCUCCAGUGUAUACACAGCCUGUUUGUUUUGCACCAAAUAUGAUGUAUCCGGUCCCAGUGAGCCCAGGCGUGCAGCCUUUAUACCCAAUACCUAUGACACCUAUGCCAGUGAACCAAGCCAAGACAUAUAGAGCAGUACCAAAUAUGCCCCAACAGCGACAAGACCAGCAUCAUCAAAGCACCAUGAUGCAUCCUGCCUCAGCAGCAGGCCCACCCAUUGUAGCCACCCCGCCCGCUUACUCCACUCAGUACGUUGCCUACAGCCCUCAGCAGUUUCCCAGUCAGCCUCUAGUUCAGCAUGUGCCGCAUUAUCAGUCUCAGCAUCCUCAUGUGUACAGCCCUGUCAUACAGGGUAAUGCCAGAAUGAUGGCACCACCAGCACAUGCACAGCCUGGUUUAGUAUCUUCCUCGGCAACUCAGUUCGGGGCCCAUGAGCAGACGCAUGCCAUGUAUGCAUGUCCCAAAUUACCAUACAACAAGGAGACAAGCCCUUCUUUCUACUUUGCCAUUUCCACGGGCUCCCUUGCUCAGCAGUAUGCACAUCCUAGUGCCACCCUGCAUCCACAUACGCCCCACCCUCAGCCUUCGGCCACUCCCACUGGACAGCAACAAAGCCAGCAUGGUGGAAGUCAUCCUGCACCCAGUCCUGUUCAGCACCAUCAGCACCAGGCCGCCCAAGCUCUUCAUCUGGCCAGUCCACAGCAGCAGUCAGCCAUUUACCAUGCUGGGCUGGCACCAACCCCACCUUCCAUGACACCUGCCUCUAAUACACAGUCUCCACAGAGCAGUUUCCCAGCAGCACAACAAACAGUCUUCACCAUCCAUCCUUCUCAUGUUCAGCCGGCAUAUACCACCCCUCCCCACAUGGCUCACGUACCUCAGGCUCAUGUACAGUCAGGAAUGGUUCCUUCUCAUCCAACUGCCCAUGCGCCAAUGAUGCUAAUGACGACACAGCCACCCGGCGGUCCCCAGGCCGCCCUCGCUCAAAGUGCACUACAGCCCAUUCCAGUCUCGACAACAGCGCAUUUCCCCUAUAUGACGCACCCUUCAGGUGAGGCGUGUGUGUGCAGGGGCCGCCGGGGCACCCCGAGCAUUCUGCUCGCACAGGUCGAAUGGCAGGCAGGACCAGUGCUUCAGGCUCCAAACCUGACUAGCAAGGCCCGUCCAAGUGUGCUCAGGAGGGAUUGUGAUGGUCAGGGAGCAUCAGGUCUUAGGGCCUCCGGAGCUGAGUCUGUGUGUGUUCUGCUGGUAUCAGGGUUGGCUUGAAAAGCAGCAGCCUCAUUCUGGGUAGCUGAUGCAUGCCGAGGACUCAGUUGGCCUUCCUGGUUAUGUAUGACAGACUGGACAGGGCAAGUGUGUUCCUUCCUGAGUCCCUAUAGGCUGACGUGGGGGGUUUAUGCCCAUGGCCGAGUUUGAUUGUAGCUUGGAGAACACUGAUGAGCUGUGUGCGGACUGGUUUGAGUGUAGCUUUAGCCAACCUGUGCCCAGGACACAGGACACCUAUGAUGUCUUGUACUGGAUGGCUGCUGUAGCAACACCUGUCGCCCCUGUGACUUGGAAAGUAUUGGUGCUUGGCUAGCAUUAGUGGGAGGGGGUGUGAAGGCCCGUGCUCCUGCCCCACAAGCAGCAAGUCCAGGACUUGUAUCUGAAGUGGUUUUUACGUCUGACUGGUUUGUUUCUCCUCACCCCCCUUCCCUCCCCAAUCCCACCAUGGCUGCAGCUGGGGGGAGGGGGACGCCAGCAUCAAACCUCCAGUCUUACUCAAGCUAGCACAAGAACAGUUGGCAGUCAUAUGCUGCUAGGCUGGUGGGCAGUGGUGCCUGUGUUCUGUUUAAAUAGCCACUUUUCUUUUUUACAGUACAAGCCCACCACCAACAGCAGUUGUAAGGCUGCCCUGGAGGAACCGAAAGGCCAAAUUCCUUCCUCCCUUCUACUGCUUCUGCCAACUGGAAGCACAGAAAACUAGAACUUCAUUUAUUUUGUUUUUUAAAAAGAUACACUGAUUUAACAUCCGAUAGGAAUGCUAACAGUUCACUUGCAGUGGAGGAUGUUUUGGACCGAGUAGAGGCAUGUAGGGACUGUGGCUGUUCCAUAAUUCCAUGUGCUGUUGCAGGGUCCUGCAAGUACCCAGCUCUGCUUGCUGAAACUGGAAGUUAUUUAUUUUUUAAUGGCCCUUGAGAGUCAUGAAUACAUCAGCUAGCAAAAGAAGUAACAAGAGUGAUUCUUGCUGCUAUUACCGCUUUAAAAAAAAAAAAAAUCAAGACUUGGAACGCCCUUUUACUAAACUUGACCGAAGUUCAGUAAAUUCUUACCGCCAAACUGACGGAUUAUUAUUUAUAAAUCAAGUUUGAUGAGGCAAUCACUGUCUACAGUGGUUCAACUUUUAAGUUAAGGGAAAACUUUUACUUUGUAGAUAAUAUAAAAUAAAAACUAAAAAAAAAUAAAAAAUAAAAAAAGUUUUAAAAACUGA